UGCGGAAGAAAAUCAAACUAACCAAAAAUUAGCGCGAAUUCGUUGACAUUUGGAAUGGUUCAUUGUGUGUUUACAACUUUGAAAAGUGUUCCAGCAAGAAAGAUGGAUAUUUUUGGUGACGAUAUUGAUAGUUUUUUUAAUACUGAUGCAGGCGAAUUGAAUGAAAAUAUUCAUGAAGGGAAUAUCGAUGAUGCCGAAGAUAACGAUAACGAUAACGAUGCAAAAGAUGGUGAAGAAAAAACCGAUGAAAAUGGUGAACCGAUCACAGUUGAGCCGAAAAAGCGGUCAGUGCGACGACCACAGUUGCGUUUGAAUGUGGAACGUUUGAAAUCGGAUCGUGGAAUUCAUACCGUUGAAAAUUAUUUCAAAGAUUUUAAAUUCCGUGGAAAAGGUCACGAGCGUGAAGAUUUGAACGGUGUUAUGAAACGAUUGGAGCAUUGGGCGCAUCGAUUGUAUCCGAAUUAUCAAUUCAAUGAUUUUGUAACUCAAGUUGAAAAACUGGGACGAAAAAAAGAAUUACAAACGCAUAUGUACCGCUAUCGUCAUGGUUUAUUGGAAGAUUUGGCCAUUAACAAAGAACCGGAUGGCGACGAAAUGAACGAAGAAGCUGAAAGUCGCAUGGAAGGUAUUGAACCAAUCGAUGAAUUGGACGAAAUUAUCGACCAACAAAUUCAAAACUAUACGAUGUUAACCAGAACACCGGCACAUGAACGUACAUUUGAAUCGAUUCGUUCAAGCAUGAUUGCAACGCCAAGAUUGCGCGAACAACCACCGAUUGAAGCAUCUACACCAUUGGCCAAACCAGUUGAAAAUGCACCGAUUUCACGACCAGCAUUAUCAUCAGAGCAAAUGGCAAGAAUCGCAGAAAAUCGUCGAUUGGCCCAAGAACGAUUACGACUAAAAAAAUUGGAAGCUGAAAAAGCAGCUGCGGCUGCAGCAGACACUGCAAACACCGAAAACACCGAAAAUGAAGAACCAAUUAAUUAAAUUCAAUAAUAUUCAUUCGUUUAAGUUUUAGUCAGUAAGAAAUAUAUGAACACACAAUCAAAAAUUAAUAAAUAUGGCAUCGGCUCAAA